AUCUGUUGACUGUCAUCCGCCGCCAUUGUUUACCGGUGAUAAUAAGGCAUCAACAAAAUUGCGUUUUUUAUCGCUUCUAAUCUAAAUAUAACUAGAUAUUUCUAGUGUUAUUCUUUGAUCUUGUGGUGAUAUAUCUUUUAAAAUGUCUAUCGGUGUCCCUAUUAAAGUAUUACACGAAGCAGAAGGUCAUGUAGUGACUCUCGAAACAAAUACCGGUGAAGUUUAUCGCGGGAAAUUAAUUGAAGCUGAAGAUAACAUGAAUUGCCAAAUGACGCAGAUCACGGUUACAUUUAGAGAUGGUAAAGUGGGUCAGUUAGAAAAUGUAUACAUCAGAGGGUCCAAGAUCCGCUUCCUAAUAUUACCAGACAUGUUGAAGAAUGCCCCGAUGUUUAAACGACAAGGGAACAAACCUACCGCAGGACGCGGUAAAAGCGCUAUAUUAAGAGCACAAGCGGCUGGUCGAGGUAGAGCUGGCGGUAGGGGUGGGGGGCAUCGUGGAGGCUGGCAAGGAGGCUCCGGGCCUUCGAGACGAUAGUCGUAGUCAAUAAGUUUAAUAAUUUCCUCUCUGAUAUACUCCAGUUUGACUAUUACUAUAUUAAUUACAGAUAAACUGCAAACAAUUUUUUUUUGUUCCAGUGAUGCUAAAACGUAAUUUAUUAAAAUUAUAAAAUUUAAAACCAUUUGUCUUGAUAUUUGACAAUAACAGAUUUCAUUUGUUAUCAUUUAACCUGUGUUUUUCGAAGUACAAUUUAUUAUAAGAAUGGUAGAAUUGAAUUUGGUUUUCUUUAUUUUAUUUUAUGAAAUUUCAAAUAUUCUAAACAUUAAGAACCUUGAAAUUGAUAAUAAAAGACUCAUUUGUUGUCUUCUCUUUUUGUAAUUAAACCUGUCAGUCUUGUCUUGAUCAGAACCAAAUGGUUUUUAAGAGAGCGAGACGUGUGUUUUCUUUAUUUACUUUAAGCAAAUAAAUAUGAAUAAUUCUCUAUUUUGAAACAGUAUUUGAGGUAAAAUUCUAAGUAGGUAAUUGUCAGUGAAGUACAAAGGUAUGCUUGACCUACCCGGGUCGAUAUACUGCUGACUUCCACAACGUUGCCAGUGAGAGUCUUGUGGACCACAAAACCGACGCCACCUUGGGAAAGUCCAUCACCUCCACUGAAGUUGAGCAAGUGCCCGGAGUCCAGGAUCAUCGUAUCCUCACACUCUCUUCGGACAUAAACCCCAGUAUGCUCCAAUUAAUGUGACUCAGUUCUCCUUUAAGUUCGGUAAGGUGAUGGUCAUUAUAUGUAGCCAGGUGUAGUUUCGAGUGGCAUCAUUGAGGUCUAAAGUAGCAAGACUCGACCAUAAUUAUAUAUAUUAACUAAAAAUGAUGAUGCAGUGGCGCCUAGAACGCUAAUUCUUGUAUAAAAGAUUUCUAACACCAAAGCACUGAGUCAAACUGAGAUGGGUUUGUAAGAUUAUAGUGUAAUUAUAUGUACUGUGUUGCAGUAUUGAGUAGGUAUGUCAUAUGUGCGACUUGUGAUAAUGGUAAGGAACAAUAAAAUGUCUCAAUACAAAAAA